CUUUUUUCUUUAUUUUUUACAAACCUUUUUUUUUUUUUUUUUGUUCUUCUUUUUUCUGCUUAUUUAUUUUAUUUUACUCUUUGUUUGUUUGCAUUCUCUCCUUUUGAAAAGCCUUCAAAAAUGGUCUCUGAAAUGGUCUCUGUUAGAAAUAUCUGUUGUGUAGGUGCCGGUUAUGUCGGUGGACCCACUGCUGCUGUCAUCGCUUACAAGUGUCAUCAUAUCAAGGUUACUAUCUGUGAUUUAAACCAAGCUCGUAUUGAUGCUUGGAAUUCUGACAAGCUCCCUAUUUACGAACCCGGUCUAGAAGAAGUAGUCUUUGAUCGUCGUGGCAAGAAUUUGUUUUUCAGUACCGAUAUUGAUACUGCCAUCAACGAAGCUGAUUUGAUCUUUGUCUCUGUCAAUACUCCUACCAAGAAGGCUGGUUUGGGUGCUGGUAAGGCAGCUGAUCUUGCUUAUAUCGAAAAGGCAACUCGUCGUAUUGCUGAAGUAGCCAAGAGCUCCAAGAUUGUGGUGGAAAAGUCCACUGUUCCUUGUCGCACGGCCGAGAGCAUGCGUACUAUCCUCGAAGCCAACUCUACUGAAAAGGUCCGCUUCGAUAUCUUGUCCAACCCCGAAUUCUUGGCUGAAGGUACCGCCAUUAACGAUCUCUUCCACCCUGAUCGUGUCUUGAUUGGUGCUCUCCAAACACCUGAAGGCAUUGCUGCUCAAAGAGCUUUGGCUGAAGUCUAUGAGAACUGGGUUCCUGCUGAUCGUGUCAUUACCACCAACCUUUGGUCUUCCGAACUCUCCAAGUUGGCUGCCAAUGCUCUCUUGGCCCAACGUAUCUCUUCCAUUAACGCUUUAUCUGCUGUUUGUGAAGCGACAGGUGCUGAUGUCGAUGAAGUGGCUUAUGCCGUCGGUCGUGAUAGCCGUAUCGGUCCUAAAUUCUUAAAGGCCUCGGUGGGUUUCGGUGGUUCUUGUUUCCAAAAGGACAUUCUCAACUUGGUGUAUCUGUCUCAAUCACUCAACCUGCCCGAAGUAGCUGAAUACUGGAACCAGGUCUAUCUCUUGAACGAAUACCAAAAGAAGCGUUUCGUCAAAAAGAUCAUCUCUACCCUCUUCAAUACCAUCACCCACAAGCGCAUUGCCGUUCUUGGUUUUGCCUUCAAGAAGGAUACCGGUGAUACCCGUGAAUCUGCAGCCAUCACAUUGAUCAAAGAUUUUAUCCAAGAAAACGCCCACGUGGCUGUUUACGAUCCCAAGGUCGAACACGAACAAAUGUACAUGGAUCUCUCCGACAACCUCCCUGAUACCCGUAAGAACGUUGAAGAACACCUUACUAUCUGUGCCGAUGCUUAUGAAGCUGCCAAGGAUGCGGAUGCUGUCAUUAUCGUGACUGAAUGGGACGAAUUCAAGACACUCGAUUACCAAAGAAUCUAUGACAACAUGCACAAGCCUGCUUUCUUGUUUGAUGGUCGUUUGAUGUUGAACGCUGAAGAACUUCGUAAGAUUGGUUUCAAGGUUCACACCAUUGGUAAGAAUGAACUCGCCGGUACUGCUUAAUUUAUUUUAUCAUGGACUCUCUCUCUCUCUCUCUCUUUCUCUC